GCUGGGUAGAGAUCUGUUUGGUUAUAGCAUUCUUCCAAAUAUCUUUCUCUGUGUUCAUCAGAACAAAGACAUGUAUACAUAUUUGGAACAACUCGAAGAACUAAAGAUGGAUGAAACGGAUGGUGUCCGUACCAAACCAGUGCUAGAGGACUCUAACUUCCUGCCCACAUAUACAGCCGAUGGCAUUAACAUUGACGAUGGACGCUAUAAUGCCCUGCGUGAAGAUCUGGAGGCAGAUGCACGAGAUUUUGAAGCUCCCACCUGGAGUUUGACUGUUGACCAGCAGUAUUUAACAACCUUUUCCAAAGAUGUUUCUAAAAGACAAGACGUAAUUCACGAACUAAUCCAGACCGAGAUAAAUCACGUGCGGACGUUAAAGCUGGUUUUGGGCGUGUACGUACGGGAGGUGCGCGAGACCCUGCAGCUGGAUGAGACUCGGCUGGAAAGACUCUUCCCACAGGUGGAAAACCUGCUACAGAUUCACCAGUUCUUCCUCAACCGCCUUAAACAACGACGCAUCCAAUCCAUGGAAGCAGGCAGCAGUCAGAAUUACUGCAUCCACAGAAUCGGAGACAUCCUCAUUGAACAGUUCUCAGGUGAAUUGAGAGAGCAGUUGCGAUACUGUUAUGGCGUAUUCUGCAGUCAUCACACUGAUGCAGUCAACUGUUAUAAAGAGCUCAUGCAAAACAGCAAGAAGUUCCAUAGUUAUAUCAGUAAAUUAAGGCAGCUGUCCAUCAUACGACGACUAGGAAUACCAGAGAGUAUUCUUCUUAUAACCCAACGCAUCACCAAGUAUCCUGUGCUUGUUGAACGUGUCAUUAAAUACACCGAAGUUGACUCCGAGGAGCACAGGGACCUGGUCCGCGGUCUGGAGCUCCUGAAAGAAACCAUAGCUCAAGUAAAUACACACGUGGAUGAGUUUGAGAAAGCAUUGAGACUGAGGGACCUGAGCAGUAGGCUGGAGCCCAAGUCCCUGGUGAAGAUGGCCCAGGGCCGAGUGUUUCGCAGAGAGGACAUGUUACAGAGCCACAGGAAGCUGCUUUACGAGGGAGUACUCACCUGGAGAUCAACAUCUAACAAAAGCAAAGACGUUCUUGUCCUGCUGUUAUCUGAUGUUUUGCUGCUGUUACUGGAGAAAGAUCAGCGACUUUCAUUUCCCUCUCUUGACAAGCAGCCUGCGGUCAUCUCGCUUCGGAAGCUCAUCGUCCGUGAGGCGGCUCACAACGAAAAGACUCUGUUACUGAUCACAGCCUCCUCCGACACUCCAGAGAUGUACGAGUUUCGCACUUCCUCUAGAGAGGUGCGCAAGGCUUGGGCAGACCAAAUCUGGAAAGCUGUGGAGUGCUGUCCAGAAGAAGAGGAGGAGGAACCAGAAGAACUCUCUGAGAGAAUCAGGGACUUUGCACAGGAUCUGUACAUGAGGGAUGCUGUUAUAGAGCACUGCCUCAAAGAGAAGCACCGGUUGUUUGUCAGCAUCGUGACGGGUUUUGAAGAGCACUCAUCAUCUGAGGGCCGUCUGCUGUGUGGUAAUGCAGUGGAGCCCCAGCAGGGGGAGCAACUCCUCUCUGGAGCCCUGAAGGAUGUGGGGCUUUUACAGCAGUUGCUGUUAGAACGUGAGAUGGACCGAUGUUCAUCCACUAGAGAGGGAGUGGAUCUGAUGCCACUGCCCAAGAGACCCGCUAGCUUUACAGGUUUUGAUGGUGAUGCCUACAUGCCACAAGAAAAUGGUGCUGGGAGUUUAGAGAAGAGAAUAAGAGACAGAAACCAGCGAGGUAACUCAGAUCCUCAGCUCAGAGAGCUUUAUCCUGGAGAGAGUCUGGAGCUGUCGGCGGAUGAGGAGAUGAAUCUACAGAGCAGGACAGUCAGUUUUCCUAAAGCAGAGCUUUAUGAAACUGUAACUAGUCUAUCACAGAAGCUUUGCAGCCUACAGUCUGUCGUGUCGCAGUUAGAAAGCCACAUCGAAGUGCAUCGCACCAUUAUCGAGGAGCUGAUGUCCCGGCCCCGGUGCAAUACUCUCCUGGAACAGGAAAAACAACGAAACUGGGAAAAGCAGCGGGAAGAGCUGGCCAACUUCCAGCGACUGCAGAGUCAGCACAGGCAGGAGCAGAUGCAUUGGGAACAGGAGCGAGAGAUGCAGAGGAUUCAGACAGAGAAUGGAGAGAAAGAGCUGAGAGAGAGAGAACUGGUGUGCAACAAGCAGGAGUUUCAGCUGGCGGAGGAGAGACAAGAGCUGGACACAUGCAGAGAGCAAUACCAGCAGGAUCUGGAGAGACUUCGAGACUCCAUGCGUGCUGUAGAGAAGGAGAAAGAAAAGCUGGAACAGAUGCAGAAGAAGUUCAAGAAGAAUGAGAAUGUGUCCAACACUGGAAACUUUACUCUGGAGAAUGAACAGAUCCAGAUACCUCCUCCAUACCCCAAACUGAAUGUAGUUUCUUCCGGUUUUGAGGAGAGGGCACCCCUGGUACCACCACGUAGAGAGAGCAUCACUACCCUGCCUGUCAAGACCGAACCAGUGCCCAUCCACCUCAUCAGCACCACCAACCAAACAUACAAAGGCAAUUCUGUCCAACAGCAGAUCCCCACAAAACUGGCCACACAGCCGAAAGGCAAAGACAAACACAGCAAGCACAGGAACUCUCACCAGCGCACCCACAGUGCAGCUGGCAUAGAGGUCUCUCAAGUCCUACCCAUCAAAGUUACUGGAAAAGAAGGAGGCAGUUUAAGAGCCACGGGAUGCAGCAGUCCCCAUCGGCUCCAUCCAGAUAUGUUUAUUCAUCCAUAGAAGUUGUCCAGCUCUGUGUCCUCUCAUUCAAACACGAGCAGGAAGCCUCACAACACAAACACAACACAGCCAGGACACCGUAAAGCCAAAGAUCAUGAAAAUACAGAUGACAUUUUAUUCUUCUAGUGUCUCUUGUGUUUCAGAUGGACAGUGAUCACUGUUUCACUAACAUGAUCUGAACAGUCAUGUUAUGAGAUACUGCUUAACAUACAUUUAACAUGUAAUGAAAUCAUUCAGAUUUUAAUCAUAGUUGUGAAAUGUUUUGUUUUAUUUGUGAUUUUAAUCAUUUUUAAUUGAAGAAAAAACUAAGUAUAGUUGAAAAAAAUGUGGAAGAACUGUUUUAAUCUCUGUUAACCCUUUACAGACAUAUUAGCAGAGUGUAAGGCGUGAAAUCAUUGCUGAAAGGACAGUCAGGAGUUAUUGUACAAUUAAAAUCUCUUCAGUGAUUCAUUACAGAACAUUUUGUGUCUUAUUAAAUGAUCAUUCAUGUAAAUAUCUGUUUUAUUGGCUAUUUAUUGUGAUUCACAUUCAGGGAUAUUUGUCUCCAGAAGCAUUACACCAGAAAGUCUUAAUGUUCUCAUUGACUCUUUGCUGGACUGUGAUGUUAUCAGGACAUUAAUAACAAUGUUUCAUAUUAAUACUGUACAAUUAUGUUGAAAUGUCAAUUUAUUCGUUUUAUCUCCAGUUUCCAGAUGAUUUUAAUGGAUAUUUUGCUCCUGUCAAUUGGAAAAUAAUGUUUAUGAAGAAAAUAUUUUGUUUAUGAAAAAGCCUUGUUUUCAUAUCUGGAAAUAAAGCUGAUACUAGUGAAAGUUAAGAAUGUAUUUUUAUGAAUUUUCUUAAUAUUUGUCACAAUUCUGUUAAAACAUGUUUUGAAUAUUUCAUCUGCAUCUGAUGCUGUCUUAAAAUGAACCUGUACAUAGUAAAUAUUUCAUUGCAGAUUUUGCUGUUUUGUUCUUGUGUGGAAGAAGUAAACCUGUAC